CGUCGCCUACUAACUACAAGCCUCUAUGAAGAUUGUAAAGACUGCAUAACUUGGAUUUUCUUCAAAGUCUUGGUUUCGUGGGUUGUCAAGUGGGGGUUCUUUUAAGAGCAAGCCGAUUAGAGGUGGUAGAAUGGACGUAGAACCACCGGGUCGAGUUGAGAGAGAUGGAAGGGCGCAGGUUCCGGGCGAUUACCGCCUGGAAGAGGAAAGGGUUAGAGAGAUGGUAAGGGCAUGUUUCGAGGAAGGUAUCCUUCCAACGAAUAUUGACCCCGGAGAGAUGGAGGUGAGUGGAAGGGAGGUGAAAUUCACUCUCAACGCCUCCUUGGAUGAGAUUAAAAUCCGAUGGCUAAAAGAGAGAACAGUCAUGGUGAUUUUUCGCGAUGGGGCUAGGUUUCUGCCAAAAAAAGUGAAAGAAGACGUAGUCAGAGCGUAUGAGGACGUGUGGAUUCGAGACGACGUUUUCGAGGAGGAAUUUAAAAGGGGUAGGAUUAAGGUGGAGAGCCCGAACGCCGUGUCGUAUGUUCCAAGGGCACAGGAGAUCACUGAUUGGAUGUUGCAGAAGAAGUCUGACUUCAUCGACUUGGCAUGCACCACGUAUCGAACUGAAUUUAAACCGUGGUUGGCUCGGGCCGAAAUCCGAGAUUGGCGACAACUGGUGGACCAGAAUGCUUUUUGGGUGGUUGCUGUCGGCAUCCCUCUGGAUGAAAUGCCAUCCAUCCAUGUUCAUAUUGAGAAAGCGAUAGGGAAGGUUAUUAAGCAACACAAGCCAGAGGCGGACGAGUCUGAUCCAAAGCUGGUCAACUUGAGGUUUGACGUUGAUCCCGCUUGCAAGAGCAAUAUGAAGGAUAAGUUUUCAAUUCAAACAUGUCAAGGAGAUAUCCUGGAGGUCAAGUUGGUCGGUCCGGAGUUAGAGUGGUGUAAGCGGUGUCGCUCGUUCUUUUACACGGAAGACAACUGCCGGCGACCAGGCAGGGGAGCUCAAGGUGGAAUCAACAACAACCAGCCUCAAGCUUCUACAACGGGAUCUCGACAACCAAGACCAAGUUAUAAGGGGACACGGCAAGCCCCGGGGGCAGCCUCUCAGCCGACGGUGCAACCGACUAUUACUCCUCUGAACGUGAAGCAGCAUCCAGUUAUCAGAAUGAACCCUACCUUCUCACCUUCGGGACGGCAGGUUCAGCAGCAUGGAGUUCCACUUCAAGGCACAGGUCAAGGACAAGCCUCCUCGGUCGAAGCUGCCUGGGCAGCUUACUUCAGGAGUUUUCCUCCACCGUUGGGGGCGGGUUUGCAACCCGGUAUGGGGCCAAUGCAAUACCAGAUGGGGAUGAGCCCAUCAGUGUUAAAUUUGCACGCCUUCUCCUUGUGGGUGGCUUCGGUCCCCUUACAGGAAGGAACCUUAGGAAACGAAGAAGCUAUGCAGAUGCAACAGUUGGUAUCACCUGCAGGGAUGAGCCUCCCAGUUGCAAGCGGAAGUCGCGUACGUGGCAAAUCCCCUAGGAAACAACGGAGGGUCAGUGAAGGUGACGUAGACAUCCAAGUGGAUAUUCAGACGAAAAAUUCUGGUAGCUCUACAGACUCCCAAGCUGCUCCGUCAACAGCAGGCAAGCGGAAAUCCACUCGACUUCGAAUGAAUGCCUUGUCAAAACGCCAAGCCGUAGUUGAAUCUAGGGCCCAGUUAUGUGUCUAUGCUGCCACCUAUUACCAGUACAUCCUUACUACAAGGAGACCUGGUGAGGAUCUUACUGAGAACCUUUCCGAAGGUUCCUCCCACUGGGAUCAGUAUGUCGUUAGACUAUCACCUCAAGGCAAAUUGGAUAUGGAUCGUCUGAUUACGAUAGAGGAAGCUUGGGAAGCAUCGAAGGCUGUGGCCAAAGCGGGUAUCUUGUCGCAUCCUCUCCUUCUAUUCCGSCGGGUCGGACCGAGCGAGACRACAAMGAUGAAGACGGCAAUGAAGCUCGUCGCCCUAAUCGUGGCUUUGUCUUUCUUCAUGAGCGYCARCCCUCGCGCGUCCAUGGCGAAGGCCGYSUUCAUGAGCGCCGCCCCUAGCGCGGCUGCCCCUAGCAYGGCUGCYGCUAGCGGGGCUGUCCCUAGUGCGGCGAUGGCGAAGACAGGCAAGGACGCGAAAGUGUUCGAGAUUCUUAAGAACGAGUCGCACUUUUCCAUGUUCUACAAGGCGCUGGUGGAUACCACRGAAAUCUGGAAMGUGGAGGGGCGCACGGUGCUCGUCGGCGAGCAAUUGAUCCUGUUCGCUCCCACGAACGCGGCCUUCAGUACUGCGCUCAGCGAGGAGGUGAUGACGUGUCUGCAAAACGAGCCCGGUCAGGCGACCCUCGCGAGUUUCUUGAAGUACCUUCAGGUUGUCGUUCCCAGCAAUGCCACCGCCCCGCAGGUGAAAACUCCGAAACAGCURCUCAAGGUGACCAAGGACGGCUUUCUGUGGACGGUUGGGGGCAAGGGCAUCGCCGUCACCAAGGACGUGGAUGGCUCGAUCAGGCUGACAAGGGACGACGGAGUGGACAGCGUGACAGUCCAGGAAGCCAGACCCACAGACCCCACGKUGACGCUCAUUCCGCUUGAGGACGCCGUCGUCGUCGACGAGGACGUGGGUAACACGAUCUUGAGCAUGUGUUUUGGCGAAGAGCCGUCCCAGUCGUCCACCGCAGCACCCUCCAGCGGCUCCCUCCCUGCGCCGGAACUGUCUUCCGAAGACUCGGACGCUGCCUCCUCGGAAUCUGCGACGCACGUCGAUUCCUUCAGAAGGCUGUGGGAGUUGCUUUUCUAAGGACAUUCACAUUUUCUGGACAGGUUUAGUUCGCCAACCUGCAAGUAUGGCUUGCAUUCGUUAUCCUCUCCAGGUUUAGUUCGCCGACCUGCAAGUAUGGCUUGCUUUUCUAAGGACAUUCACAUUUUCUGGUCAGGUUUCGUUAUCCUCAUUUAGAAUGUAUUUCAUUCGACAUUUCUUGAGGGGAAAUAAAGGCAUAUUUAUACA